GGGUUGAUUGUUUUGGAAUACCUUGUGGCACAUGGAUCUGAACGUGUCAUCGAUGACAUUAAAGAGCACUCGUACCAGAUAUCGUCACUAUCCAGCUUUCAGUAUAUUGAUUCGAGUGGAAGGGAUCAAGGUAACAAUGUUCGAAGGAAAUCACAGAGUCUUGUUGCUCUGGUAAACGAUAAUGAAAGAAUACAAGAAGCUAGACAGAAGGCAGUGGCAAACAAGGACAAGUAUCGUAGUACAUUCUCAACCAGUGGAUCUAAAUAGACCUGGUUCAUAUUCAAAUACUGGAGGCUAUGGUGAUCGCUAUGAUGAUGAUCGUUUUGAAGGUCGUUAUGGUAACAGAGAGGAAGACCGGAAUGGGUAUGGGAGGGAAAGAGAUUGGGGACAUAGGGAUGAUGAGAGAUAUGGUCGAGGUAGAAAUUCUUUCGGUCGUGAUGGAGAUCGGUUUGGCUCUGAAUCUGAAGAACGUUAUGGAAGAGAUAAUUACAAAGAUGAUGAUUACAGAGGAGGACGUGGUGGUGAUGAUCACCAGUUUGGGCCAAGAAAUAGGAGCUUUGAAAGAGAUGGAGAUCGCUCCUUCGAAGAUGAUGAUCGUCAUGCAUCUCGAACUGGUGGCAGGGAUGAUGACCAUUCUCAGCAUGAGAGGUUUGAACGCAAGCUCUCUGAGAAGAAUAAUAUUGCACCUCCCAGUUACGAAGAAGCAUCGGGUAAUUCCCAGAGUCCUACACAGAUAGAAAGGGACGGAGGAGCUGCAGCGGCACCUGCACCAAAAGCAUCUUCCCCCCCUCCACCAAAAAGUGUUUCCCCUUCUGGAAAUACAAGCCAAGGUUCACAUAAUGUGGCUGGUGGAUCUUUUGAAGCCCAUAAUAACAAUACUGAAGCUUUUGAUGAAUUUGAUCCACGUGGUCUUGUAUCAGCAGCCCCACCUCCUGCAAGCAGUACUGGGAUGGACUUCUUUGGAUCCUCAUCAGCAUCAGAUUCUAUAAGUUCCUUGGCUCUUGUUCCAGUUGCUACUUACAGUACCUCAUCUGAAGCUGCUGCACCAACAAGUUCAAGCUUUGAUGCAAACUUCAUGGCCCCUCCACCAGCCUCUGCAGUAUUGAGCCAGGCUAGCGAAAAUCCAUUUGGUGAUUCUCCUUUCAAGGCUACACAAGAAAGUUAUUCAGCUCCGCAGCAGAAUUUUGUGCCUCAAGCAUCAUUCCAGGCUUUUCCUGAAUCUGCCCCACCAGCAGCUUCAUUCCAGCCAUUUUCUGGCUCAUUUGGAGUUGCCGAAUCUGCCCCACCAGCAGCCCCAGCCACCAAAGUUGAACCAAUCCCAACCUUUGAUUUUGGGGACUCAUUGGGUGGUAUAACUUAUACUCCCAGUGCUGCCAAUGGCCAACAGUCAACAGUGAACAAUGCAUUUGGGGGCGCCGACUUUACUGCAGGACCCGGAAGCAAUGGUUUCUUGGAUACCCUUCAUCCGCAGACAGGACCUUCGCAGUUAGUUUCUUCUCCGGCACCUCAAUCUUUCACUCACGCAACACCUCAACCUUUCGUACAGACUGGUCAUCUAAAUACUCUUCCUCAAUCAGGUCUAUUGGCUCCUCCAGUAUCCCAAGUAGCCCAACCACAAGGUCCUUCAGCCCUGUUCACCCCUGCCAACAUACAGAGUCAUCAGGCUGGUCAUCUAAAUACUCUUCCUCAGUCAGGUCUAUCGACUUCUUCAGUUUCUUUAGUAGGCCAAUCACAAGGUCCUUCAAGCCUACAGACGACUUAUUCGAACCCUUUCCCACAGUCAUCUCCUCUUGCUUCAGAAGUAGUUCCCUACUCUUCUGCUGGGGCACCUGUGAAAUCUCAUCCUACAAAGGAGAAGUUUGAGACCAAGUCUACAGUUUGGGCUGAUACAUUGAGCAGAGGCCUUGUUGAUCUUAACAUUUCUGGAGCUAAGAUAAAUCCCUUAGCGGAUAUCGGGAUUGACUUUGAUUCACUCAAUCGGAAGGAGAAAAUAAAAGAGAAAGAGAGAAGCUUGGCAAGUGCGGCCACAUCCACCAUCAACAUGGGCAAAGCUAUGGGAGCAGGCUCUGGCAUCGGUCGUGCUGGUGCAAGCGGCUUGGCACCCCCUCCUAACCCAAUGAUGGGCUCUGCCAUGGGCAUGGGUGGCGGCUAUGGUGUUGGCAUGAAUCAACCCAUGGGAAUGGGAAUUGGAAUGGGGAUGAAUAUGGGCAUGGGUCAAGCACCACCAAUGCGCCCGCCGAUUGGAAUGACUCCUUCGGGUCCAGGCAUGGCCGGAAUUGGUUAUAACCCGAUGAUGGGUAUGGGUGGCUAUGGAACACAGCAGCCAUAUGGAGGUGGUGGGCCUGGCUAUAGGUGAUCGGUGCUGCAAUCUUUAUACAAGUUGAGAAUGAAUGAAUGAAAGAAAGAAAGAGAAAAAGAAAGCCAUGUAUUAGCAAUUUGAGGCAAAAGGUAGACAGACACAGAAGAGUCCUAUUUUCUAUGUGUUGUUUUGAGUUUUGUCUGUUGUUAUAUAUCAGAAGCAUUUGAAUGCGAUAAAUAUAAAUCCUAAAAGCCUGGGCUUGUGCUAUAUAUAGUCUGCAAUGCCUUUGAUUUUAGUUGUUUGUGAAUUAUGUUUGUGAUUUGUUACAGCAUGUACUUGCUCACAAGAAAUAAAGAUCAUUCUAUAUUUUUGUUAUUAA